AUGGAAAAAGUGGACAAGAACGAUUCCAGCGCGAACAAAACGUACACAGCUACCGUACUCCGAGAAAUGCGAGACUACUUUAUGGAUCAGUUUGAUCACAACAAAGAUGGUGUCAUUGGUAUGGACGAAUUCGUCGGAGUGACGGACCAUAAUCAGGGCCACAGUAAAGGAGAGUGGGUUCCCAACGAAGACAAAAUACUGGAAGAAGCGGCCCGGCAAUAUCAAGAAGCUGAAGCACGUGAGCUCGCAGCGCGAACGGCACAGCAGCAGCAGGCUGGUCGAAAUGUGGUACCGCAGAUGAGCAAUGUGGGCACGCACCCGGACAUGCCGGCAAAUGCUCCAGUCAUCCAGCCACUACCGCCGAGUGAUCAGGUUCCGGUAAUGAGUGUACUGGGAUCACCACAGACACAGACUGGGCAAUUUAAUGCCCCUCCCGUUCCAUCAGGCCAACCGAGCGCUCAUCCAGAACAAACGGGCCAGCAACCUGGAAAUCUAGCAGGCGCUCCAGUUACACAGACAGGCACUUUUCAUGCACCUCAAGGACAACCGGUUCCGCCUGGUAUGCAACAGGGACUAGCCCAGAAUACUGGGUUCCAGGCGAACAAUCCGAUUCCGCAGGCCCCACCUGUUCAACCUGGCACACAACAGGGAUUCCACUCAGACCAAACAAGACAGCAGCCUGGAAUCCAAGCUGGCAAUCAAGUUCCUCAAGCCGGCUCCUUUGGCACACCGCAAGCACCCAAUAUCAAUCAGGAUGUGCAUCCAGAUCAAACGGGUCAGCGUAGUUUUCAAGCAGGUCAAGCUCCUCAAACCGGGAACUUUGGCUCAGUUCCAAACCAAUCUGGACAGUUACCGCAAGUAAACCCCAGUCAACCGAAUUUACAACCAGUAGUUCAAAUAAACCCAACUGGUCAACAACCGGCACCUGCAGGAUUUGCUCCGGGUCAGGGGAAUGCGGGUGCACCUCAGGUUCCAUUAAACCAAGCUGGAGCAUCAGCAGGUGGGCAGUGGACACAACCAGCGUCACCACAGAUUGUCCCGGCUGGAUCCUCAUCAGGGAAUCCAGUGCCUGUUAGUGCAUGA